UAUGUAUAUAUACUCUUUAUCACACCAUUCAUACAAAAGGCCUUACAUUUCUGUGGCUUUUGAAAUCACAUCAUCUUACUUCCUCUUUCCACCAUUUCUUCAUUUUCUUCUUGUUUUUGUUCUUCUUCUUGUUUUACCGACUUGUUCAUUUUCUCAACUUCAUAAAAGUUGUAACUCUGGCUUCAUCUUCCACAGCAACUCAGCUAAAUUGGGUCUCCCAAUCGGGUGAUUUUGCUUUUGGGUUUCUACCCUUGGGAAGUAAAGGUUUUUUGUUGGCCAUUUGGUUCCACAAAAUUUAUGAGAAAAGUGUGUUGAGGAAAUGAAUCAUCUUCAUAGCAAGGAAUCAUCUCACCUAUCGCACAAUCUCACGCAAUACCUGUGAAGUUGCUAAGUAUUUUCUAAUGCAUACACAUAAUUACUUCUCUCACGUUACCGACCCAAGUUGACUUGAAAUUUCUAGUCUUUAAAGUCGGCUACUUGUCCUUUCGAAAAUCAUCUUUCCUCUCAAUUUAAUAUGUUUGAUAUAUAAACAGUAAGUUUAUAAAAUUUUGAUAUGUAUGACCCAUUAGAAACUAACUUGGAAAAUGAAAAGAAAGAUAUCAGUAUCAUGCCAUUCAUCUUCACAAAGGCCUUACUUUCUUUUAGCUUAUGGCUUUGAAAAUCACAUCAUCUUACUUUCUCUUUCCCCCAUUUCUUCAUUCUCUUCUUCUUCUUUUUAUUCUUCUUGUUCUACCAACUUGUUCCUUUUCUCAGCUUUUUAAAAAUGUAACUCUGGGUUCAUCUCUCACAGCAACUCAACUAAAUGAUCACCACAACUAUUGGGUCUCCCAAUCUGGUGAUUUUGCUUUUGGGUUUCUACCCUUGGGAACUAAUACUUUUUUGUUGGCCAUUUGGUUCGACAGAAUUGAUGAAAAAACUGUGCUUUGGUCAGCUAAUCGUGAUAAUUUGGUACCUAAAGGUUCCACAUUUCAAUUUACUAAUGGCGGUCAACUUGUGCUUAAUGAUCCUGGAGGCAAUCAAAUAUGGACGGCAACUGUAAGUUCCUCUGGAAAUUCUAAUCGAUCUGUUUCCUAUGCUGCGAUGCUUGAUAGUGGAAACUUUGUGUUGGCUGCGGCUGAUUCUGAAAUUUUGUGGCAAAGCUUUGAUGUGCCUACUGAUACAAUUUUACCAUCACAAACUUUGAAUAUGGGUGGAACUCUUGUUGCUCGUUAUUCAGAAUCCACUUAUAAGAGUGGAAGGUUUCAACUUGUGAUGCAAACUGAUGGGAAUCUUGUGAUUUACCCAAGAGCAUUCCCUUUGGAUAAAGCAAGUAACGCUUACUGGGCAAGUAACACUAUGGGCUCUGGCUUCCAACUUGUGUUCAACCUCUCUGGUUCCGUUGAUGUCAUUGCAAACAAUAAUACCGUUCUCUCAACUGUGCUAUCAACCACCCUUUCGCCACGAAAUUUUUACCUACGGGCGAUUCUCGAGCAUAAUGGGAUUUUUGGACUGUAUGCUUACCCGAAGCCCACACAUAGUUCGUCUAUGCCGAGAGCUUGGUCUCAAGUGUCAGACUCUAUAAACAUUUGUAUCUUGGUGCAGACUGGUUGGGGAUCUGGAGUGUGUGGAUUUAAUAGUUACUGUAGGCUUGGUGAUGAUCAGAGGCCAUUUUGUUCUUGUCCUCCUGGCUAUAUCUUGCUUGAUCCAAAUGAUGAGAUCAAGGGUUGUAUACCUAACUUUGUUGCUCAGAGUUGCGAUCAAUCCUUUCAUGAGACUGAUAACUUUGAAUUUGUUGCUAUGGAAAAUACUAAUUGGCCUAGUGCUAAUUAUGGCUAUUUCAAAGUAGUAAGUGAGGAAUGGUGCAGAAACGAAUGUUUGAACGAUUGUUUUUGUGCGGUUGCCUUCUUUAGAAAUGGUGAAUGUUGGAAGAAGCGGUUCCCUCUAGGUGAUGGACGAAUGGAUCCUAGUGUUGGUGGAAGAGCACUUCUCAAAGUUAGGAAACAAAACUCUUCUUUCCAACCAAAUGAUCUUGUCCAUAAACCUACAAUAGUUGUCGUUGGAUCAGUUCUAUUAGGAAGCUCUGUAUUUCUCAACUUCUUCUUAUUCCUUCUCACUUUAUUCAUUGGCUACCGACUCAAGAAAAGGAAAUCAAAGCCUGUUCAACGAGAUCCAUCCAUUUUAGAUGUGAAUUUGAGGAUCUUUAGCUAUGAAGAGCUCAACAAGGCCACAAGUGGAUUCAUCCACCAGUUGGGGCGUGGCUCUUUUGCUACUGUUUAUAAAGGGACUAUUGACUCUGAGGACAACAAUAACUUGGUUGCUGUUAAAAAGUUGGACAAUUUAGUGCAAGAGGGAGACCAGGAAUUUAAAGCUGAAGUGAGUGCUAUUGUUGGAACAAACCACAAGAACUUAGUUCGAUUGCUUGGAUUUUGCAACGAAGGAGAGCACAGAAUGUUGGUGUAUGAAUUCAUGCAUAAUGGGUCUCUUGCAGAUUUCCUUUUUGGGACUUCGAAACCAAAUUGGUACACUAGAAUUCAACUUAUUCUUGGGAUAGCUAGAGGACUAUGUUAUCUACACGAAGAGUGCAGCACUCAGACCAUUCAUUGUGAUAUUAAGCCUCAUAACAUCCUUUUGGAUGAUUCUUUUACCGCACGGAUUGCAGACUUUGGUUUGGCCAAACUUUUGAAAAAAGAUCAAACUAGAACUCUGACAGCGAUUAGAGGAACCAAAGGAUAUGUGGCUCCAGAGUGGUUUAGAAGUCUUCCCAUUACAGUGAAGGUGGAUGUUUACAGUUUUGGGAUAAUAAUGUUGGAGAUUAUAUGUUGUAGAAGGAGUUAUGAGAAGAAAGUAGAGGAUGAAGAACAAAUGGUGCUCACAGAUUGGGCUUAUGACUGCUUCAAAGACAUGAAAGUGGAGAUGUUGGUAGAAAACGAUGAGGAGGCAAAGAUGGACUUGAAGAGGGUGAAGAAGUUUGUGAUGAUAGCAAUUUGGUGCAUUCAAGAAGAACCAUCCCUAAGGCCUACCAUGAAGAAAGUUCUACAGAUGCUGGAAGGUGCUAUUGAAGUCUCUUUUCCACCUGAUCCAUGUUCCUUUACGAGUUCUAGUACAAUUAUCUGAUACUUUCUUUUCUGUAAUGUCGAUGGUAUAUAUUAUUCUAAGAAUAAACUGAUGUAGAAGUAUGUCUAUUUAGCCGCCAUAGAUGUUUAGAUUCUCUGUGAGAAAUGAGAAAUGUUUAUAUAUAUGUAAUUUGCCAUUUAUACUGAACUUUGUCAAAUAGUAUUUUUUAAUUUUCUAUAUCAUUAACAUUUUCAAUCGA